GCCCGGACUCAAAGCUAACGUUAGCUGUCGCCACAGUCAACAGACCGGACUCUAUUUCGGUGUGUUUUCUGUCAGUGGUUGAGGUCAGCGGGAGGAAUGUGUCCGGACCAGACUGUGAGCGUGUUGGUGAAGCAGCAGCUGGCUGCAGCUGCAGAGGACAUAUGUGGACUGUUUGAAACCACCGUAGCAGAUCUCGAAGAUGAAAUUGAUCGUCUGUGCAGACUGCUGGAGGAUGGAAACAAGGCAGACAUCCAGCAGGUGUUGGUGUGUAAAGAGGAGCAGCAAGAGUGGCAGCCCAGUCUGGACCAGGAGGACCCAGAUCCUCCACACCUUAAAGAAGAACAGGAGGAGCUCUGGAGCAGCCAGAAGGGAGAGCAGCUUCAAGGACUGGAGGAGGAUGAUACCGCCAAGUUACCGUUCACUGCUGUCCCUGUGAAGAGUGGACCGAGGUGUGGACUCAGUACAGUGAAGUUAAAGCAGACGGCUGGUGGACUGCUGGUGAAGCAGCAUCUUGAGCAGAUAGUUGAGCUGUUUGAAAGAACGGUGGCGGAGUACGAGAAGAAACUUUCCUGUUCAAAGGAAGAGAUCGACCGGCAACACAAACUACUGGACGCUGUGUUAAAGCCUGAGGUUCGGCUGCACAGAGCAGAUGUCCAGCAGGUGAUGGUGUGUAAAGAGGAGCAGCAGGAACUGUGGAGCAGUCAUGAAGGAGAGCAGACUCAAGGACUGGAGGAGGAUGAUAUAAACAAGUUCCCGUUCACUGCUGUCUCUGUGAAGAGUGAGGAUGAGGAGGGGAACGCUUGGUCCUCACAGCUCCAUCAAAGGCAGACGGUUCUAGAGAUGAAAACAACAGCUGAUACAGAAUCAGAUCCAGCCAGCAACAACAACCAUUCAGUCUCCUCUGAAUCGGAGACUGAGGACAGCGAUGACGUUUCAACAGAGACCAGGGAAACUCAGUCACAUUUAAAUGCUUUGAAAAACACCAAUUCUCAAAGUGUGAAAAAAAUGUGCAUUGUCUGUGGUAAAACACUUUGUUCCAAGAGAAGCAUAUACAGUCACAUGACCGUCCACACAGAACUGCAAUCCUUUAUUUGUCCUAUAUGCGGUAAAAUGUUCACCCACAAGCGAUCACUAUUUGUCCACAUGAAAGGUCACGUAGAGGGCAACCCCUUCACCUGCUCGGUGUGUAAAAAGGAAUUCAAACAGAGUCGAUCGCUGAUCGAACACAUACGGACCCACACGGGAGAGAAACCCUACCGCUGCUCCGUGUGCAACAAGUGUUUCCACAGGAGAGGAGUGUGGAUUGUCCACACCAAGAGCCACCUUGCUGAGAAACCCUUCAGCUGCUCGCAGUGUGGGAAAAAGUUUGGUCACCAGGCGCAUCUGAGGAAACAUGUGAAGCGCCACUCGGCAGAGAAACCAUUCAGCUGCUCGAUCUGUGGCAAAAGUUUCAACGAUAAAGGACAUCUCAAAAGACACAAGAAAGUGCACCUGGAAGAGAAGCCACUCGGUUGUGAUGAGUGCGGGAGACGGUUUAUUCAAGAGAGACAUUUCAAAAACCACAAAUGUGUCACCUUUCCCACCGACCCUUAAAAAGUUGAUAUUCCAAGACCCCAUGAACUUCUUUUGGCUUGAAUUAAUGCCACUCACACUGUUGAUGACUUGUCAAACAGA